AUGUCAUAUUCUAAUAAAAAGAAAGAAUAUAAAAAGUUUAGUAAUAAAGAUGUUAUGAGUUUUGAAUUUAAUUCUGACAUUCAAAAUGAUAUUGGGGUUAUUAAAUCUUAUACCUCAAGGAUUUCUAGAAUUAAUGAUAAUGAACCAUACUCCAUUGAAAGUUCAGAGAAAGUACAAGAAAUAGUUCAAGAGGGUAAAUUAAAAAUACAAGAGAUACAAAAGAAGUUGAAGAAUCAUAAAAAUAUUACUGAAAAUGUACCUCAACAUGAGAAGGUACGAGCAAAAUUAAUGUUACAAAGGUUAUCGAAUUCAUAUUUAGAAGCUGUGAAUAAUUUUCAAAAGGCUUCAAAAAAUUAUAUUAAUAAAACGAUAUUGAAUGAUUUAUCAACAAAAAAUUAUAAUGUAGAAGAGAAUAUGGAAUAUGAUUCUUUAAAUAAUUUUUCUCGUAAGAGCAAUUCUAAUUAUGAUACAAAUAUAGAUAAAUAUAAUGUGAAUAUAUAUGAUUAUAAUUUUUAUGAAAAUAAUUAUGAAACUUCUUAUAGUAAAUAUAAUAAUAGUACUGAAUUCCAGAGUGUUGAUAGUACUAUAGAAGAAAGAGCAUAUAAAAAAAAAAAAAAAUAUAAAAGUAAUAUAUUUACAGGAGAUAAGAAAAAUGAUGUUAAUGAAUAUCUUUUAGAAAAUGAUAAUUAUCAACAGGAAGAUAAUAAUUAUGGUCAAGAGAAACAAUUUGUUUCUAUAAAUACUGUAGAUAUAGAAAAUGAAAUAUUAUCUCAGAAAAAUAAAGAAAUUAAAAAAUUACAUAAAGAUAUAAUAAAUAUACAAGAAUUAUAUAAAGAAUUAUUUGAACAAAUAAAUAUUCAAGGAGAAAAUAUUGAUAAUAUUGAUUCACAAAUGGUUAAUACACAUGAUAAUAUAAUGAUGUCUGGACGUGAAAUUGAAAUAGCAAGAAAUAGAUAUUUUAGUAGUUUGAGAUGUACUAUAUAUCUAUUAUUUCUAAUUUUAAUUUUAAUCAUAAUUAUUUUGGUAGUAUUUAGAAUUAUCUAA